GUAAACAUUGAGGACCAUAAUUAGAUACUUUAAUUCAAAUAAGCACUAUCUUCUCUUCCUAAUACACUCUCUUGACUCCAUCAGCUAUCUUUUGAAUCGAAACUAAUGACGACGAUGAUGCAGUGGUGCGGCGCAUCAGCAAAGCGACUGCUAGCAACUCACCUCCUCUCAUCAACGGCCCCAAGAAUCGGAGGCGCAGUCGAUGUUCCGGCGGCAGCGGCGGCGGCGCCGAUAGUGUGCGGUAGAGGAGACAAGCGGACAAAGAAAGGGAAAAGAUUCAAGGGAUCGUACGGAAACUCAAGGCCAAAGAAGGAGAAAAUGAUUGAACGGAUUAAAGAUAGAGUCGAAGUUCCCAGGUCUACUCCUUGGCCUCUCCCUUUCAAGCUUAUCUAAUCAAUUUUCUAAUUGAAUAUUUUGUUGUUGAAAUUGUUGGCUUAUUUUAGGGUUUUUUUUGUGCACUUUUAUUAUAAAUAAAAUUUGCAUAUUUGUUUUCUUUAACUCUAUUGAAUGGAAUUUUGUACUCUUUGUUUUGUUGAAAUUACUAAAGUUGUCACUAAUUUUAAUGAUUUUUCA